AUGUAAUUUGUUGUGUUGAGUAGUUAGAGAAUAUUAUUAUGUGUGUAUUUAUUGUUAUUGUAGAGUAGUGAGUUUUGAUUAAAUAAAAAUGUGGAAUUGGAAUCAGCGCACUGCCAGUCAGGGCAGCCGGACUAGCAGCCGCGGGGCCAGCUUGGCCAGCCACGGCAGCCAUGCCAGCAUGGGCAGCACGCGCGGCAGCCAGCCCAGGGAGCUGGAGUUCCAGUUCUUUAUACGGCAGACUGAGACGCUGUACCCUGCUUGGUGGACGCGCGAGGGCGUGGUGAGCUGGUACCGCGACCUGCCGGACGACACGCCCUGGAACUGCUAUAUCUGCGGCAUCGUGCUGUUCGCCGUCAUCUGGCAGGUCACUGCCCUCGAGAGCAUCUACCUGGACAUCAUCGACAUCGUCUACAACCUCUCCUAUGCCGUCCACAUCUUCGCCAUCGGAUACAAAAUCGUCUCGGAUCUGGAGAACACUGAUAUCACUUUUUGGACUGUCAUAUCAUUCCUUGUUGAUCUUGGCUCGUUUGCGCAUUAUGGCCAAGCCAGUAGACCUAACUUCAAGCUGGCGUGCUACUACCUGCGGCUGCAUAGGCCUUAUCGAUACCUCGGAUCGCUAAACGACUACAACUUGAAGGGCAGUAUAUUAGGGACCACUCUGAAGUUCGUCUACAUAUUCCUGAUCGUAAGAAUAACGUGGGCGUGGAUUUGGAUGCACGUGCACAUUUUAACGAGCAAGCUAUUUCCCUGGGAAGCGGAGCAUGGUCUGGAGGUUAUCGAGCCGAGAGGCCCGCAGGAGAGCACUGCGAGGCAGUUCCUCAGCGCGGUGUAUAUCAUCAACAAGAUGUUCAUACCUAUAGGCCCGCCAGUGUUUCCCGAUAAUGACGUGGAGAGGGUAGUGUGCCUGCUCAUCAUGAUAUCCGGCUGCCUUUUGGUGACGGGCGCGGCGGUGGCCUCGCUGUCGCUCAUCAUCAGCCUGUACAUGCGCCCCGAGGAGACCUUCCGCGCGAGGUACCGCCUCAUCAUAAAGGAAAUGAAAGAUACCCAAGUACCACAAGCCCUCCGUGACAAGGUUGAGACGUUCUACAAGAUGUACUGGCACAAGCAGCGCGCGGUCUCCGAGACGCAGCUACUGCCCACCUUCCCACCGACGCUACCCGCCACCGUCUAUGCUGAUAUAUACUUUGAGGCUACACAAAAGGCUCGAAUCCUGCGAGAGCUGUCGUACCAGCUGCUGUCGGAGAUCGCGAAGAGUAUGGAGACCAUACACUAUAUCCCCGGAGACGCGAUCAUCAAGCGAGGGUCGAAGAAAUCCCAUAUUAUCUACAUAACUUAUGGAGACGUCGAAAUGCUGACGGCGGAGGACGACAACACAGCGAUCCUCCGGCUGACGCGCGGCACAGUGCUGACCCCGUGCGGCGGCGCCAUCCCGCUGGCGCUGAGCCUCUCGCACCUGGCAGUGCGCGCCGCCACCUUCUGCACGGCGCACGUCCUCUCCGCCGUCGACCUCUGGAAGAUCGUCUACAAGUUCUCCGUCACACAAGACCAUGCUGGACCCAUAUUAGCUGCCUUUACUGAUCACAUCGAGAGAGUAAAGAGACAUUACGGUAUGAAGCUGCCUGACGAAGCUACCCAUAAGAGCAGCAUUUUGCACUUCAACCGUAACUUGAUGGCUCUGAAGGAGAUGAAGAACGAGCACGGCGAGCCGCUGCUGGCCAGCUCCGACGUGUUCCUCGAGAUCGCCGGCUGCUACCUCAUGAGGAACCGCCCGGACAUGACUCUGACGGAUCAGUCUGAUGAGAUCUGCUUGCGGCCGACCUUCCCCUGCAUCCUGCAGCCGACAUCGUCGCUCCUGUUUGCCUGGCACAUCUUGGUCGCUACGCUUAUUCUCGCCAUAACUUUUACGCACCCCUACUACCUGGUGUAUAAGAAGACCGUGCCGCUCGAGUUCAGGUUCUUCGACUACUUGAUGACCGGCGUCUACGUAAUAGACCAUAUCGUGCACCUGUCCACCGGAGCCAACGUAGAGGAAGGGGUUCCGAUAAACUUCGCGCAGACGUCCUCGCAGCAGAUGCGCAGUCACUGGUUCGUGCUGGACGUGGUGGCCACGGUGCCGAUGUUCGAGUUCAUCGGUGAUGGACACUUUGCAGGCAUCAAUAAGAUCCUCAGGCUGCCCAAGUUCUUCAAAGUCCUUAAGGAUCUGGAGGAGAUGUGUAUGUACCGCGGCAACAUCCUCCGCUUCUUGUCCUACACGAUGCUGCUGCUCGUCGCUUGUUACCUGAUCGCGGCCAUGCAGCAAGGGUUCAUGUGCUUCCAGUCUGGCUACUGCUUGGUGACAAACCUGACCCACCCGCCAUUCUGGGAGAUGAAACCUUUGGACGAGGAGACUGUGGAGGCCAGGCUUAUCUUUGGCCUGUAUUGGGCCAUCUCCAUGAUAAACUUCACGAUCCACAGAGAGACUUGGGGUAAGGAGAACUGGUCGAACGUGAUCUACACUCUGGUCAUCCUGGAGGUGUGCAUCGUGCUCCGCAUCUUCAUGGAGGCUGUCUACUCAGCCACCAUCAUGGUGACCACGGCACUCGGGGAGAACUACGGGGCUAAGAUAGCAACAGUCAAAAGUUUUCUGAUCCGCAACGACAUUGAUCCCACGUUAAGAAAGAGGUUCAUUACCUACCUAGAGCUCUGCUGGUAUACUGAUAAGGCCUUCAAGAUUACUCACAAGCAUCGCUCGACUAUAUUCUACGACCUGCCGCCGCACGUCUUCCAAGACAUCGUUGGCAGAAACCGCAGCAAGUACAUACUCUGUAUACCAUUCAUGAAGUUACUUAAGAAGGAGGAACUCAGAAUGAUCUCGUCGAGACUGAAGCUGUUCUACACAUCUCCCAAUGAGAUACUCCUGAACACAGGUGAACUCACCAACGAGAUGUACAUUAUCAAGCGCGGGUUCUGUGAGAUUCUUGAUCCCGUGUCGAAGACUCGCGUCGGGACGUUAUCGACGAAAACUCACUUCGGAGCUCUCGUGUGUUUGUUACGUCUACCAGCCUAUAAUACGAUUCGCGCUAUCACCCACGUGCAAAUUUAUUGCAUCCCGAGGAAAUUUCUCGCUAAAGCACUGGAAACUCCCCAGAUCAAAACUGCGCUUGACAUCCUUAAAAAAUCUCCGGAGUACAAGCGGCUGCAAGAGAACAAGAUGAGUGCAUUUGUGAAGUACGAGCCGCCACCGCCGACGCCCAACACGAUGCACUUCCGGUUACCAAGGAAACACGAACCAGACACGGAGUUCUUGCAACCAUUCAACCGACUUGGCUUUCUGUCAAUCUUACGCUAUAUCUUCCCUCGGUUCACGAUCCGGCCCGACGGCCGCUACCUGAUCCGCUACGAGUGGUUCCGCGUGUCGUGCGCGCUCUGCACCGCCAUGCUGUUCCCCCACUACACCUACCUCGUGGUGCAGUGGCCAAAUCUCUUUUAUGCUUGUUGGUUCCUCGAUUUGUCGGCGUGGUAUGAUAUUUUCCAACGCAUGCUGGUGGGCUAUUACAACGACGAUGGGAUCCUGGUGUACCAUCCCGCAAGUACAGCAGCAUACUAUAUGAAAGGCGCCUUUCUUAUGGACUUGUUCGGAUGCAUCUGGCUUGAAAACCUGGAGGCGGCUCGAAUGAAUAGCGUCGAUAACCGAAUCCAUGUGACUCCAACAAAGCAGUUUCUGAUGCUGAACCGGCUGAUCCAACUCUACCGAAUGCCCAGUGCCAUGGCGGUGCUUGAGGACUACAUAGAGAGGAGGGAUGUUCUUUUGGUAUUCAAGGCCAUGCCUAUAUUCAUGACCAUGAUCAAUAUCUUGACUUCGCUCAUGAUAUUCUACUCUGUCAACAUUUACUACACGAAGAGCCCAGAUGGAGAUAUCGAGUGGUUCAUCGAGCCCAUCAAUGACCAAGGCGGAUCCUGGCUCAAUUUGUUUUCAUCAGCAUUCCGCUACAACUUGACGGAGUCGCCAUGGAACCUGCACCUGGCGGCGUACUUCUGGGUCGUGUACGAGUCCAGCACCACCGGCUACGGCUUGUUCAACCCCAGCAACAGCAACCUCAUGGAGAUACUCUUUGUUGGGAUGUGCUGCUGUACGAUGUUCGUCACAUACUUUUCGGUGCGCAUCAUCAGUAUAAGGGCGAACGUGAACAAGUCUCUGGCCGGGUUCCAGCAGCACAUGAGGGAUAUCAACAUUUAUCUGGCGAAGGAAAAACUUGACCCGGAAUUACAAAAGGAAGUAAAGCGUUACUACGAGUACAACUGGGAGAAGAUGGGUGGCAUCGACUACAAGAGAGUUCUGAAGAUGUGUGACCAGAUCACUCUCAGAACUGACGCCAUCUUGCAUAUCUAUGGACCUACUUUUACUAAGUGCCCUCUACUGAAAACGUCGGACAUCUCACUUUUACGUAUUAUCGGUCGCUCUGUGCGCAGCGUGUAUUUCCUUCGAGAUAUGAAGGUAAUGGAGCACGAUGACAUUGUGAGGGACAUGUACUUUGUGGACUACGGCGGCGCCGAGCUCAGGAUCUCCACCGGCGAAAUGAGCACCAUCUACAAGCUGCCCAGAGGGAGCGUUUUCGGUAACUUAGAGGGUACAGCAGGUCAGAGAUCUCCGUAUCACGUGAUAGCUACCAGUCGCGUCCAUCUGAUGAUCAUCAAGGCUGAAGUUUUUGCCAACAUCAUGAAGGACUUCCCGACCGUGAAAGAACUUAUGGAUAAGUACAGAGGGCCGGAGAAGAAGAUGUAUAUCCUGGGCAGCGAGGUCCAGCCGAAGUUGCGCCGCAACGUGACGACGACGGUAUCGACGCACACCAAGACUAGUCUUGUGAAAUACAUUUACUUCGAGGAAGGCAUGGUGCAGAUCUACCUGAUCGCCGUCAGCUUGGGAUGCAUCUAUCUCGACCUCUAUAACGCAGGGUUUCAGAAUAACAGUCUGUGGAUGAUAAUUACACUUUACUCCUUGGACUUUUGUUUCUUCCUGAAGAUAUGCAUGCAACAUUCUCUGCCCCUGUUGGUCACCAAUAAAAGCUACAAAAGGAUUAUGAAACCCUUACGAAAAAUAUAUUUCAGACGAGAAUUCAGAUACGACCUGGUUUCCAUAUUGCCCAUAGAGCUGUUUAGCUUCGCCACCAAUCCGCGGGAUCAGUGGUUCUGGUUCGCCUGGCUUCGUCUCAACAGGGCCUUUAGAAUUACCACUGUGCAUAAGUGUUUGAAGAAGCACAGCGAGAGUAUCACAGUGAACUUGACUAUGACGACCAUGGCGACUGUCGGGAUCUGGUUUUUCCUCUUCGUCCACACCACAACCUGCUUAUGGUUUUUCAUUGGCUCGUACGAGGAUCAAAAAGCGCCAAACUCCUCGUGGAUGCAUAGCAGUCCCGGUAAGGCUAAGUACGGCGGCUCGUCUUUCCUUUGCCACAACUUGUACAUAUGUUCUCUGUACUUCAUCAUCACGACUUUCACCCAAAAUGGGGUUGGAGACAUCAUGCCACAGAAUCCGACAGAGGUGGUGUUUGUAUCGCUCCUGAUGAUCCUCGCGACGAUGGUGUUCAUGGUGUACGUGGGCGAGUUCUCCAACAUCAUCCAGUACCAGUCCUACCGGUCCUUCAGCUUCUACAGCAAGUACCUCGAGUUACAGGAUUUCAUGCACAACAAUCGGGUUUCGAAGAAUCUCGUGUACAUAGUUAAUAAGUACACGUUGCACCUGUGGCGGGAGACGCGCGGGAUGCAGGAGCCGCACUUCCUGAAGAGCGCGCCACUGUCCCUCCGCCUGAGGAUCAUGUCGGCCGCCUACCUGCACCACAUCACCAGGCAUCAUAUAUUUGAAGAAUGCGAGGCAGCUUUCCUCCGGCAGCUGGUUGGCUGCAUUCAGCUGUUCACUUACAACGAAGGUAUGUACGUUGUAAAGGAAAGUGAGAUUACUAAUUCGAUGUACGUGAUACAUACUGGCAAAGUAAAGGAAACCUGUGAGGAUAUGGACAUCAGCGCCAGGGUCUACCCUGCUGGCUCUUACUUUGGCAUUUUGCAGGGUUUGUUACGCAACACUCCGUACACGCAUUCAUACCAAACUAUGUGUAAGUCUCAGGUGCUGACACUUAAUCUCGACGAUUGGGAAUAUUUAUUAAAACAUUUUCCAGAUAGCAAAAACGCUAUACACAAACAUAUGAGACAAGUCGGAGACAAGGACAUGGAUCAAAGCAAUUGGCCUGGCGGCGCCCCAGGACCCGACGAGCCUCCCGAUUAUGAGCUGAUAUCUGACGUUGUUACCGAUUACCCUGGUGUUGGUGGCCCAUACCCAACGCCGAGGCGACGCUCCUCAGAUGACGAAGCACCACCUUUACCUUCUUCCCUUCGACGAACUUCUCAAUUUGCCUGGCCUACUGAUAGUAGGAACGACGAAGAGCGAGGGAGUGUCGGUGCGGUGGGUGGGCGCCCUCGAAUGAGUACACUUAGCACAGUGAGCACAGGAAUGGAUGGCCGAGGAGUAGAACAUGCUACCGCAGAAGAUCACCAUAAACUUACAUUCUUCCAAAAAAUUGCUAUGACAGCCAAAAAGUUAAUGGGUAGGGAAUCUGACCCUGAAUUAAGUGGAAUCUCUGGUGAGGGUAAGGAUGAGCUUUUACUAGAAGAAGACGAAGAAGCAACCGAAGCUCUGCUAGCUCAGGUCGAGGCAGAAAAACGUAAAUCUACUGAAAAGAAGAAAAAAAGAAGAAAGAGCAUGUUUCAUGCUAUGGAGGAUGAGGAUACAGAAAAACAUAUGUUGACCUUAGACAUUGACGAUCAAAAUGAUGAUGAAGAAAAAUCUGAUAGCCCAUUCACGAUGCGCCCGCUUCGCAUUCGGGAUGAUGAAGAGGACGAGGAAACUCGAGAAGUUCUAAAUUUAGGUCGCCUGAGAAAGCCAAAGGCUAGAAAAGAAUCUGAGGUGGAUGAAGAAGCCAGCUCGGCUGAGGUUACACGGCCUUCAACUAGCCGUGUGAACAAAGACGGAUCGUUUAGUAGAACUCCAAUAAUCUUUGAUCCCACUGCACUAUCAGCAUCUUCACCGUCUGCACCUUCACCUACUGCACCUCGAGACUCAAAGCCAUUUACUAAGCCAAAAUUGGUAUUCCCUGGUGGCAGAACUUCAACAGAUGAAGGAGACUCUGAUGUCGCAGAAGAUGACAAUGAACCUUCAGGUGGAGGCCCAAGUCAAAAAGGCCCAAGACGAAAGAGUCGGGACGAAGACGAGCUUAUGAGUGAUACUGAACAAGAUGUGGAAACUGGAACCAACCAAGAUCUCGAUGAACCUGACUUACUUGCUGGUGGAUUUAUAAAACCGGCAACUGAUAUUCCCGAUUUUCCUGAAUCUGAAACUCCCACACCUACUCAUUCUGCCCCUCUAAGACUUUCGACUUCUGAAUCACAGCCAAUACUACCUCGAACUAGUCCUGCUUCGCUUAAAGAUGAUAAAAAUAAAAAGAAGACGUUAGACGAAGAAGAUGAAAAGGAGAUGGCAUCAAUUAUGAUUCCUCAUCGAGACGCGGACGAUGAUGAUGACGAACCAACGAUCUCACGUACAAAGGCGGUGUCAUCGUUACUACUCUUGGAAUCCGCAACAGAACUGACGACUCCUUCCACAAGUACACCUUUUACUACUUCCGGUACUUCGGAUUCCCGCAGCACAAAGACCUUCGACACUACUGAUCAGAGUCAAUAUGACGCGGAUUUCGGACCAGCCGAAUCAGAAUCGGGUCUUGCUGAUAAGUCGGGGGUAAGUACCGCUUCAUCAUAUCGAGAGGAAGGAACAUCAAUUUCAAAUCUUAACCGACGGUUCGUGCACGUGCGGUACGAUGAGCACGAGGAUGCACAAAACGCGCCGCCAGUUACAGACGAUGAGGAUGCUCGGGGGCUAGGCAAGCAGGACGCGCACCUCAGCAUGUUCACGAUGGACAGCGACGAGCGCUCCGUGGCGGACAAGAGCGUGAGCGAUAAGACCGACGACGAAGAUGACGACCCUCACGCAGGCCCCUCUAAGAAGAAGAAAAAACCCAGCAGGGAUAAAUAAAUAGAUAAAUAACAAUGUCUAGCCGCCGUUCACUCGCCUCUGACUGAAGAAUAAUUUUACAUUCACGUUUAUUAUUGACCCGCAUAUUGGUGAGACCUGCUUAUUGCUUAUUUCCUGACUACGAGUUCUGGUUAAAAUAAAAGAUAGAAAUGUGUAGUGCCUCGCUGCCUCGCUAUUCCGGUAAUUUACUGGCGCUGACAACCUGAAUGGCAAAGAAUAUUUCAUAGUCGUAUUUUUUAUUUUUCUAUGGUCUUUAACUUGUCACUUUUAUCAUUAAUUAUGAUUAAACUUAUCGAAUUAUUGAA